AUGUCGGCUGACCCAGAUCACUCUCAGACCAAGCACAAGGUCAACCUCUCUCACGAUCCUUCCGGUGCUGAGAAGCGAGACAACGAUGAGACCGCAACCGCUAUUCUCAGGAGGAAGAAGAAGCCCAACUCUCUCAUUGUCACCGACGCCACCAACGAUGACAACUCGGUGAUCGCCCUUUCAAACAACACGAUGGAGACGCUCCAGCUUUUCCGUGGCGACACAGUCUUGGUGAAGGGCAAGAAGCGGAAGGACACUGUUCUCAUCGUUCUAGCGGACGAUGACCUUGAUGAUGGCAGUGCGCGGAUCAACCGGGUCGUCCGCCACAAUCUCCGAGUCAAGCACGGCGACAUCAUCACAGUUCACCCUUGCCCAGACAUCAAGUACGCCAAGCGGAUCGCAGUCCUUCCUAUUGCCGACACCGUCGAAGGCCUUACUGGCUCCCUCUUCGAUGUUUUCCUCGCGCCCUACUUCCGCGAGGCGUACCGACCAGUCCGACAAGGCGAUCUCUUCACAGCUCGUGGCGGCAUGCGGCAGGUGGAGUUCAAGGUCGUCGAGGUAGACCCGCCAGAGUUCGGUAUCGUGGCACAGGAUACAGUCAUUCACUGCGAAGGCGAGCCAAUACAACGGGAAGACGAAGAGGGCAAUCUCAACGAGGUUGGAUACGACGACAUCGGCGGUUGCCGGAAGCAGAUGGCUCAGAUUCGGGAGCUAGUCGAGCUGCCCCUCAGGCACCCCCAGCUCUUCAAGUCCAUUGGUAUCAAGCCGCCGCGAGGUAUCCUCAUGUACGGCCCUCCGGGUACCGGCAAGACUCUUAUGGCGCGCGCGGUCGCCAACGAAACCGGUGCGUUCUUCUUCCUGAUCAACGGUCCGGAAAUCAUGUCCAAGAUGGCUGGCGAGUCGGAAUCGAAUCUGCGAAAAGCCUUCGAAGAGGCAGAGAAAAACUCACCGGCGAUUAUCUUCAUCGACGAAAUCGACUCCAUCGCACCCAAGCGUGAAAAGACGAACGGUGAGGUUGAACGUCGCGUGGUCUCUCAGCUUCUUACUCUCAUGGACGGCAUGAAGGCUCGGUCCAAUGUCGUUGUCAUGGCUGCUACGAAUCGCCCAAAUUCCAUCGACCCUGCUCUUCGUCGCUUCGGCCGUUUCGAUCGCGAGGUUGACAUCAGUAUCCCGGAUCCUACUGGACGCCUGGAGAUCCUCCAAAUCCAUACUAAGAACAUGAAGCUGGGUGACGAUGUAGACCUUCCGACCAUCGCUGCGGAGACUCACGGCUACGUCGGUUCUGAUCUGGCCUCCCUCUGCUCCGAAGCCGCUAUGCAGCAGAUUCGUGAGAAGAUGGACCUGAUUGAUCUGGACGAAGACACCAUUGACGCUGAGGUCCUUGACUCUCUUGGUGUCACCAUGGAAAACUUCCGCUUUGCUCUUGGCGUCUCCAACCCGUCUGCUCUGCGCGAGGUCGCCGUUGUCGAGGUUCCCAACGUUCGCUGGGAAGACAUUGGUGGUCUCGAGGACGUCAAGCGCGAGCUUAUCGAGAGCGUUCAGUACCCCGUCGACCACCCCGAGAAGUUCCUCAAGUUCGGCCUCUCGCCGUCUCGUGGUGUACUUUUCUAUGGGCCCCCUGGUACUGGUAAGACAUUGCUGGCCAAAGCCGUCGCCAACGAGUGUGCGGCCAAUUUCAUCUCCAUCAAGGGUCCGGAGCUGCUUUCCAUGUGGUUUGGUGAAUCUGAGAGCAACAUUCGUGAUAUUUUCGACAAGGCCCGUGCAGCAGCACCUUGCGUUGUCUUCCUGGAUGAGUUGGACUCCAUCGCCAAGUCACGUGGUGGCUCUGUUGGAGAUGCUGGUGGUGCCUCCGAUCGUGUUGUCAACCAGCUCCUGACGGAAAUGGAUGGCAUGACCUCCAAGAAGAACGUCUUCGUCAUCGGCGCGACCAACCGACCGGAACAGCUCGACAACGCGCUCUGCCGUCCCGGCCGUCUCGACACCCUCGUCUACGUUCCACUUCCCGACAAGGAAUCUCGUAUCUCGAUCCUCAAGGCGCAGCUCCGCAAGACGCCCGUCGCCCCCGAUGUCGACAUUGAGUACAUCGCCGCCAACACUCACGGCUUUUCCGGUGCCGAUCUUGGCUUCAUCACCCAGCGUGCCGUCAAGCUGGCUAUCAAGCAGUCCAUCUCUCUAGACAUCGAGCGCACCAAGGCGCGUGAGGCUGCCGGCGAGGACGUCAUGGACGAGGACAAUGAGGGCGAGGACCCUGUGCCCGAGCUCACCAAGGCUCACUUCGAGGAGGCCAUGCGCUCUGCCCGUCGUUCCGUCACGGAUGUCGAGAUUCGCCGGUAUGAGGCGUUUGCGCAGAGCAUGAAGAACUCGGGCGGGAGCAGCUUCUUCCGCUUCCCCGAGGAGGGCGGCGCGACCAACGGCAACAACUUUGGCAACGCGGGCGAUGAUGAGGAUCUUUACGAAUGA